AUGCCCCCAAACGUAUUGCCCCUAAAGACGUUAAGGGAAGCCGCGGAGGGGCAGCUUUAUGCCCCUACGUCGGUAUGCGCAUGGGUGACCUGGUUCUCCGUUCCCAGGAAUUCCAGAGGCUCAGACCUAUACGUCUUGCUCCACCUGAGCGACAUCACUUUGUCAGGAGAGGGCAUGGAAGUGUUACGAAACUCCUCGACAGAAAGGGUGAUGCCAGAUGAGCCGCCGUACGUCACGUGCACCAUCUUCGGUCCUCUACACUUGCUGCCGCAGUUCCCAGCCCAGGAUGAGCCCAGAAUCAUCUACCUACACCGAACGAAAAUGGUGAUGUACAACGGGGAGCGGCAGCUGAGGGUCAAACUGGAGGAGAAAGGCGGCCCCAGCGGCGACACAUAUUCCAUCUACGCUGUGGCGGGUGUCGCUCACCCGGAGCGGGACCCGCCGGUGCUCAUCGCGACCUCCCACCACGUAACAAUGAUGCCGCAGCAGGACCCGGUUGCUCCGCUACGGAUCCAAGCCCUCAGGCGGUGGAUCCUGGAGACAAGGCGGAUGAUGCAGCUGCCGGGGCCCCAUCAAGCCCCAUCAGCUGCGCCCGCAGGCCAGCUGAGGCCGUACCAGCCGCCAGAACAGACCCGGGAAGUCCAGGACCAGGAGGCGGUUCUGAAGACGGUUCAGGAGCUGGCGCCGCCCUUAGCCACGGACCGCGUCACGCCGGUGGUGGGCCCUAUGGCGCCAGCCAGUCUCAUCUGCAAGGUCCUGGCCGUGGACUUCUCGCACUACCCCGACUACUACAUCCUUCAUGUCUGGGACGGCACUAAUGCAUUGCCAAUGCCACUGAGCUACACAUCCACACCUACCACCGCUGGCGGAGGGCCAACACCGCCACCGGCUUCAGCGGUUGGGUGGGUUCGAAAUCCGCAGCCCCUCCCGCGGCCUGGGGACUGGAUCAAGCUCAAGGACAUGGUGCCGCGAUUCGUGCAGGGCCAGCUGCAGCUGCUAUUUGCGGAGCGCAGCAGCCUCGACCACCGACCCGGGGUUCGCAACGCGGGUGCCCCCACGGCCGGGGAGAGCCGUGGGGAGCACCCUGCGCAAAAUCCCCCUCAGCAACGCGGCGGAGCGGGUGGACAGCCCUCCCCUUUUCCCCUUCAGAACGCCGCGCCGCGUGACCCCAGUUCCUGGUUGGCACGCGUGUGCCACCCCUGGCGGGCCCUGCCGCUCCGCACUCUUCGCCAGGUGCUCAUGCAGCAGGACACCUGCGACUGCACACCAGCGAGAGUCCUGGUCCGAGUCAUGGCGGUGCUGAAUCCCCCCCUGCCACCACCGCCAUCACCAGCGGUGUCAGCAGUGGCCGCAAGCACAGGGCCACGGGCUUCUACAACACCGUCUGGUCAAGACCGCAGCGACGUCAGCGUGGAUAGCACCAGCCCAGCGGCACAUCAGCUCCGGACCUCAUUGCUGAGGGCGGUGCUGCCAGCUGCUGCACUACGGUGCGAGCAGGAAGUGGUGGGGACACAGCUAGACCGGUCCGGCAAUGGCCGCACCUUCGCGCUGGCACUGCUGCUUCAGGACGCGACGGCCUCACUGCGUGCUGUAGUGCUCGGGGGUGCAGCAAACCUGUUUCUGUGGGACUUGCCGCCGCCCAGCGGAGACGUCGCCGCCCGCGCUGCAGCAACUUGGCAGGGCCAGCAGCGGCCACCGCAACAGCAGUCGGAGUCACAGCUGCAAUCUUCUGCGGUCAGCCAGUCAAACCCCCUGCGCGUCAUGACUCGGUCCAGGGCCAAGAUGGCUGCUGCUGUCCCGGCAGUGGCUCCCGAUGCAGCGGCAGCGCCGGCAACGGCGGCUCCCGAUGCAGCGGCAACGGCGGUGCCUCCAGCUCAACGGGAGGAGCCAGGUCAGCAGUGCGGACAGGCGGGCCUUGACGACUGGGACAAGCUCUUCAUGGCGCUGCGCUGGCUGUCCGAGCAAAGUGGCCCGGAGGGCACCUGGAUGGAAGCCGUACUCCGGCCCAUGUACCGAGAUCGCGGCAACCCCUGGCAGUCCGCGGUGUACAGCCUGGAACACACAGUCUUGCAGCUGCCGCAACACCUCAAGAAUUCCGCUGCGGCCGCAGAGCGGGGCCAGGGCAGCGCACCUGGAAUGGGGAUGGAUAGCCGCGGUAGCGUCAGGUUAUCACACCCUCCAUCCCGCCCAUUGCAAAUAAGUAUGGCACAUAUAGGGCGAAAAAGCCUCAUGCUGCAGCGCACCCACCAAGCGCCCUCCAGCCAGCAAAUUUAA